GUAGGGCACACCCUGAGGGUAGCGAGAGACGUGACAGGACCGAGCAGUUGGGGGCUGCAGCCUGGUCUGUCCCCACCGAUCCCAGAGAGAGGCUGAGUCUGGAUGUGGGCGUUCGCACCCUGAGAGAGCGGAUCAAAGCUGCCCUGCGGGGCCGAGGAGGAAGAGCAAGGUUGAGGACCGCCUCGGCUCACCAGAGUAGUCUGGAGCAGGCCUGCAGGCGCGUCCCCGCUCCGCAGCUCCAAGCUGAGGUAACUACACCUGCCGCAGGCAUUAAGAUGGCUGGUUAUGCCCCUACUCCCAGCCCCAUGCAGACCCUUCAGGAGGAAGCGGUGUGUGCCAUCUGCUUGGAUUACUUCAAGGACCCCGUGUCCAUCAGCUGUGGGCACAACUUCUGCCGAGGGUGUGUGACCCAGCUGUGGGGUAAGGAGGACGAGGAGGACCAGAACGAGGAGGAAGAUGAAUGGGAGGAGGAGGAGGACGGGGAAGCGGUGGGGGCCGUGGAUGGACGGGACGGCUGCAUUCGAGAGGUGUUGUAUCGAGGGAAUGCUGACGAAGAGUUGUUCCAAGACCAAGAGGACGGUGAACUCUGGCUCGGUGACAGUGGUAUAACUAAUUGGGACAACGCAGACCAUAUGUGGGACCAGGAGGAAGAAGAAGAAAAUCAGGACUAUUACCUAGGAGGCUUGAGACCUGACCUGAGAAUUGAUGUCUACCGAGAAGAAAUACUGGAAGCAUACGAUGAGGACGAAGAUGAAGAGCUGUAUCCUGACAUCCACCCGUCUCCUUCCUCGCCCCUUCCAGGGCAGUUCACCUGCCCCCAGUGCCGAAAGAGCUUCACACGUCGCAGCUUUCGUCCCAACUUGCAGCUGGCCAACAUGGUCCAGAUAAUUCGCCAGAUGUGCCCCACUCCUUGUCGGGGGAACCGGAGUAAUGAUCAGGGCAUGUGCUUCAAACAUCAGGAAGCCCUGAAACUCUUCUGUGAGGUGGACAAAGAGGCCAUCUGUGUGGUGUGCCGAGAAUCCAGGAGCCACAAACAGCACAGCGUGGUGCCUUUGGAGGAGGUGGUUCAGGAGUACCAGGAGCUCUUGGAGUCCAGGCUGAGGGUCUUGAAGAAGGAACUGGAGGACUAUGAGGUGUCCCGGUCCACGGAAGAGAAGGAGAGCAAGGAGCUCCUGAAGCAGAUGGCAGCGGAGCAGGAGAAGGUGGGGGCAGAGUUCCAGGCGCUGAGGGCCUUCCUAGUGGAGCAGGAGGGCCGGCUGCUAAGCCGCCUGGAGGAACUGUCCCGCGAGGUGGCACAGAAGCAGAAUGAGAAUCUGGCCCAGCUCGGUGCUGAGAUCACCCAGCUGUCCAAGCUCAGCAGCCAGAUCCAGGAGACAGCUCAAAAGCCUGACCUUGACUUUCUCCAGGAAUUCAAAAGCACGCUGAGCAGGUGUAGCAAUGUGCCUGGCCCCAAGCCAACCACAGUCUCUUCUGAGAUGAAGAAUAAAGUCUGGAAUGUUUCUCUCAAGACCUUUGUCUUAAAAGGGAUGCUGAAGAAGUUCAAAGAGGACCUUCGGGGAGAGCUGGAGAAAGAGGAGAAAGUGGAGCUCACCUUGGAUCCCGACACAGCCAACCCGCGCCUCAUCCUCUCUCUGGAUCUUAAGAGCGUGCGCCUCGGCGAGCGGGCCCAGGAGCUGCCCAACCACCCCCGCCGCUUCGACACCAACACCCGCGUCCUGGCGUCCUGCGGCUUCUCCUCGGGCCGGCAUCACUGGGAGGUGGAGGUGGGCUCUAAGGACGGCUGGGCCUUUGGUGUGGCCCGCGAGAGCGUGCGCCGAAAGGGCCUGACGCCCUUCACCCCCGAGGAGGGCGUCUGGGCCCUGCAGCUCAACGGCGGCCAGUACUGGGCCGUGACCAGCCCCGAGCGUUCGCCCCUCAGCUGCGGGCACCUGUCGCGCGUGCGGGUGGCCCUGGACCUCGAGGUGGGAGCCGUGUCCUUCUACGCCGUGGAGGACAUGCGCCACCUCUACACCUUCCGCGUCAACUUCCAGGAGCGCGUGUUCCCGCUUUUCUCUGUUUGCUCCACUGGCACCUACUUGCGAAUCUGGCCUUGAGGGACACUGCUGGGGAGCUCCUGUCUCUGGACUGCCGAUGGGAAGGGAUGUCACCUCCCCAGAGCUGCCUAGUCCGUCUUGGGUCUGCCCUCCGUGCUCCUGACUGACCCCGGCUGCCCAAGAGAGGCUGCUAUAGACACAACCCCGAGGCAGCAGAGUGAGGCUGUGGCCAACUGAGCAGGGACAGGGGCCUUGGCCUCCUGGGGGUGUUCCCUUCCUGAGGUCACACGUGGAUUUGGCCAGAGCCUUCAGGAGGUGGAGGCUGGUGAGGUCAGGAGCCCAGCUCUCCACGGGGCUUCUGCCCUGACUGGGAAGGGCUCUGGCUCCCUAAAACAAUGUCAAAGCCAGUCCUGCUGUUCUCUGUUGCCAGGGGACAGGUCUGGGCCCACCUCAACCAGGUUCCUUAUCAUGGCUGCUGCCUUCUGGACAGCUUCCAGCGCUGCCUUGAGAGGUUGUGGGACCUCUGGAUCCAGCUGGCCUGACAGGUCAGCUACUCAGGGAGGAGCCCUGUGCUCCCAGCUCAGAGGACAGUCCCGGCCAAACCUGGAAGGAGACCCUUGGCCGUCUUUGAGGGAGAAGCCCGGGACAAUGGGCAUCACAGCUCUCCAGCACUCCUUAGCCGGAGGAUACAGAGUGAUGGGUGCUUCCUGACCAAAGCAACAACCCAAAUGUGCUCCCACAAACACCUGACUCCCCCACUUUCCAGUGCCAAAGUACAAACUCUGCUUGGAGAAGGACAGCAAAGCUUCUGGAACUUUGUUCUUUUUAAUUUUUUUUUUUAAGAGACUGGGUCUUGCUAUGUUGCCCAGGCUGGUCUUGAACUCCUGGCCUCAAGUGAUCCUCUAGUCUCCAUCUCCCUAAGGGCUGGGAUUACAGGUGUGAGCUGCUGUACCCAAACUUUUUUUGUUUUGUUUUUGCUUCUGGAACUUUGAAACAUAAAACACAAGUUGGCACUUACAAUUUUAAAGAUGCAGCCAGCUCUAAAUGCACAGAGCACAAACAUGAUCCUGACAGACUGGGAAAAAUGCCAACUGCAGAGCACCCUGGUGCCAAGGCCUUCUCAGCCCAUGCCCUGAAGGGCAUUCCUCUGGCCAGCCUCAGCCCCUUGUCUACUUGUUCUCCAGCUUCUGGAUAGCUGGGCUUCUGGAAGGGUGGCAGUGGGCUGCUCCCUGCUCAGCACUGCCCUGGGAAGGGAGUGAGGGGAUGAAAAUGAAGACUGUGAGCUGUCUUU